ACAAUGGAUAAUUUGAUAUCAUUGGUGAACAAAAUACAGAGGGCCUGUACGGCCCUUGGUGAUCACGGCGAUGAAAGCGCGUUGCCUACACUUUGGGACUCUUUACCCGCCAUUGCCGUCGUCGGUGGCCAGUUAGCGUUGAAUUCCUCUGUAAUACACGGCAAGGGCCCAUUGUUUGUUGUAUGUAGCAUUUUGACUCCAAAAGGCCCAAUCACAUGGCCCAUAUAAAGCCAUACCCAUACUUUAGAAAGUCUUGGGAGACUUGGACGUUGAUGACCAAUAGAGAAAAAUUUCCCUCCAUAACGACAUGACUCGUCGUCGGAGUAAGAGCUUGUCUCUCUUAACGACUGCCGUUCGCAGCUAUACUCUUCGUGCUCUCAGAUUAUACAAAGAUGCAGGGGCCACCAGCAGCGCCAUUUCUUUUCACUUAUCUGCUUAUGUUUAUGUUUAUGUUUCACUUUUCGAUCUUAAGAUUACAUUUUUGUUUAAAUCAUCUAAAUAUAACUUAUGAAUCUUCGCUUAAAAAUCAGGAUUAGCUAGUCUAGCAAUUAGAAUACGUUAUUUUUACUUUUAUGCUUUUAGACCUGGCGUUCAGAUUGAAUUUUGUUGGAACUUGUAAAAUUCAAGUUAAUUCAAUUGGUCUACUCUCCCAUCUACCAGUUUUUCAAUUCCAAAAGACAACUAUUUCUGGGCAUAAGUUACAACUCUUCUUGGGGAAUGGAAAUCAUUUUCAGGACCUGUUGUAUUUAAUAAUCUAUAGCUUUCAUUGUUUACAGAGUUCUGGAAAAUCUUCAGUGCUGGAAAGCAUUGUUGGAAAAGAUUUUUUACCUCGUGGGGCAGGGAUUGUUACACGGCGUCCUCUUGUACUGCAGCUUCAUAGGAUCGAUGAAGGAAGAGAGUAUGCUGAGUUUAUGCACCUCCCAAGAAAGAAAUUCACCGAUUUUGCUGCUGUGAGGAAGGAGAUCUCUGACGAGACUGAUAGAGAGACUGGCCGCACCAAACAAAUCUCUACUGUUCCUAUCCAUCUUAGCAUCUAUUCCCCUAAUGUUGUAAAUUUGACAUUGAUCGAUCUUCCUGGUCUUACUAAAGUAGCUAUUGAUGGUCAACCUGAAAGCAUUGUGCAAGACAUUGAUAACAUGGUUCGGUCAUACAUUGAAAAGCCCAACUGUAUUAUUCUGGCAAUUUCUCCUGCCAAUCAAGAUCUUGCUACUUCAGAUGCAAUUAAGAUAUCUCGAGAAGUUGAUCCUAAAGGGGAGAGGACAUUUGGCGUUCUGACAAAGAUCGAUCUUAUGGACAAGGGUACUGAUGCAGUUGAUAUUUUGGAAGGAAAAUCGUAUAAACUACAGUUUCCUUGGAUUGGUGUUGUUAAUCGCUCACAAGCUGAUAUCAAUAAAAGUGUGGACAUGAUUGCUGCUCGACGUAGAGAACGAGAGUAUUUUCAACAAAGCCCAGAGUACCGGCAUCUUGCUCAAAGGAUGGGCUCUGAGCAUUUAGGAAAGAUGCUUUCUAAGCAUUUGGAACAAGUCAUCAAGUCUCGAAUUCCCGGCCUUCAAUCUCUUAUCAACAAAACCAUUCUUGAACUAGAAGCAGAAUUGAGCCGUCUUGGGAAACCUGUUGCUACUGAUGCUGGGGGAAAAUUAUACAUGAUCAUGGAAAUCUGUCGUUCAUUUGACCAAAUAUUUAAAGAAUGUCUUGAUGGCAUACGUUCUGGUGGUGACAAGAUUUAUUCUGUGUUCGAUAAUCAGUUACCAGCUGCUUUGAAAAGGUUGCAGUUUGAUAAACAACUUUCAUUGGACAAUGUAAGAAAGCUAAUAACUGAAGCUGAUGGAUACCAGCCGCAUCUAAUAGCUCCUGAACAAGGUUAUCGCCGUCUUAUUGAAUCUACUGUGGUUACUAUCAGAGGUCCUGCUGAGGCAGCUGUAGAUGCGGUCCACGCCAUACUGAAGGAACUGGUUCAAAAGUCUAUCAGUGAGACCAUGGAACUAAAACAGUAUCCAACUCUGAGAGUGGAAGUGAGCAAUGCUGCUAUUGAAUCAUUGGAACGGAUGAGAGAAGAAAGCAGGAAAGCAACUUUACAGCUUGUUGAUAUGGAAUGCUGUUACUUGACCGUAGAAUUUUUCAGGAAGCUUCCUCAGGAUAUUGAGAAGGGUGGAAAUCCUACACAUUCAAUUUUCGAGAGAUAUAAUGAUUCAUAUCUUAGGCGGAUUGGAAGUAAUGUCUUGUCAUAUGUGAACAUGGUUUGUGCAAGUUUAAGAAACUCCAUUCCAAAGUCUGUUGUGUAUUGUCAAGUGCGGGAAGCAAAACGCUGUUUACUUGAUCAUUUCUUCGCAGAGCUGGGACGGAAAGAAAAAAAUCAGUUGUCUUCUUUGUUGGAUGAGGAUCCAGCAGUGAUGCAGCGAAGAACCAACAUUGCAAAGAGAUUGGAGCUGUAUAGAAGUGCUCAAACAGAGAUAGAUGCAGUAGCAUGGGCCAAGUAGAUAACAGUUUUUUCUUUUUUCUUUUUUAUGAAAUUUGGAUUCAAUUUUGUAACUCACGACUAGUAAAUUCCUUAUAGCUUAUUUUUGCCACAGCUUUUACAGCUUAAAUUUUUUUUUUUUUUUU